AGGCGAUCAAUAGGAUCUCAGGCGCACUACAAGCACUCUCUUACGUAGACAUCCACCAAGGAGAGAGCCGAUACAACAACACGGUUGAUCUGCUCAAACAAAAAAAUCUACCUGCUCUCUGAAUCAUGUCGUUGAGCCCAAAGCACACUACGCCUUUUUCAGUGACAGAUAUUUUGAGUCCAAUCGAGGAGACCUACAAGAAGUUCAGUGGCAUGGACGGCGCAGGGAACCUAACCUCUCCACUGGGAGCCUACCGACAGCCGCAGGUGUCUCAGACCGGGAUGCAGCAGCACUCCAUGGGCCACAACGCCUCCGUGGCCACCACGUACCACAUGCCGCACACCGUCUCCCAGUUCUCCCACAGCGCCAUGGGGGGAUACUGCAAUGGAAGCAUUGGCAACAUGGGAGACCUCCCGUCGUACCAGGAAAGCAUGCGGAAUAGUGCAGCAGCAACAGGGUGGUACAGCGCCAACCCUGAUCCCAGAUACUCCACAAGUAAUUUAUUGGGGGUACCUCUCUUUGAAAGGACAUAUGAGACAGGCUGGGUACUGUAA